GCGACUGGUUACUUUGGAGAUCCGGAGGCUGCGGACUAACUUAUCGAUGAACAUGGUUGGAUUCAUACCGGUGACCUUGGCUACUAUGACAACGACGGCAGGCUGUUUUUGUGCGGCCGACUGAAGACACUGCUAGAGUGCCAGUCGAGGAAAUUUCCUCCGUCGGAUAUUGAACAUUGUCUUAUGGAUCACGAAGCCGUGGAAGAGGUAUCUGUGCUGGGAAUGCCUCCAGAAGACAUCCAGCAGUUUCCUGCAGCUGUGGUCGUCACGAAAAGUGGCUUCGCCCGGGACCACCAGCUCGCCGAAGAUCUGAAGCGUUACGUGGCUGGGAGGUUGGCCAGUUUCAAGCACCUGCACGGCGGAAUCUACUUUGCGGACGCUCUUCCGGCGAACACGCUGGGAAAGUACAGGAUCACCGCACUUCGAGAGCUGCUUCAAACACUGCGCAGAAUGGACAGCGAAAAGGUCCCUGUCAAAGACUGCAUCUACUAACGCACUACAGGAAAUCUGUCCCGUGAUUAUGUCUUAACGAGGCGUUCAGGACUUCCUCCUGCAUAACGUUUCUUUGGGCUUUGUCCAUGGUUGGGUUUCAUGGAAUAAAGAUAUCAACGCAUAAAUAAUAAAUGAUAAAAACAUACAAACAAA